AUGGCAGCUUUGGGUGCGGUCAAAGAACUCUGCGAGGAAGCCACUUGCUCCGUCUGCCUGGAGUAUUUCAAGGACCCCGUGACCAUCGUGGAGUGUGGGCACAAUUUCUGCCGAGCCUGCCUGACCCAGUGCUGGGGGGAGCCGGACACAGAGGCUUCCUGCCCUCAGUGCAGAGAAACUGUUCAGCAAAGGAACUUCAUCCCAGAUCGGCAACUGGCCAACUUUGUAGAGAUAGCCAAGAAGUUAAGUCUCCAGGGAGGAAACCGGGAGGAAGGAGAGGAGAGAGCCUGUGAGAAACACCGAGAGCCCCUGAAACUCUUCUGCAAAAACCAUGAAGGUCUCAUUUGUGUGGUGUGUGAUAGAUCCAAGGAACACAGAAACCACACGGUGAUUCCUCUGGAGGAGGCUUACGAAGAGUACAAGGAUCAGAUCUGCAGCCUUCUACAGACUUUGAGGAAGAAAGAGGGGAAAAUGCUGACGUAUAAAGCAGACAUGGAAAAGGAAAGCCAGGAUCUGCUUGAGCGAACCAAAGCAGAGAAGCAGAAGACGAGGGCUGAGUUCAGACAACUGCACCAAUUUCUGGAAGAGCAAGAGAAACGUUUGCUGGCCCAGAUGGAAGAGCUGGAGAAGGAGAUGGCGAUCAAAAGGGAGGAGCACCUGGCCACACUCUCCAAAGAGCUCUCCUCCUUGGCAAGUUUCAUUCAGGAGAUGGAGGAGAAAUGUCAGCAGCCAGCGAGUGAACUUCUGCAGGAUGUUAGAAGGACUUUGGAGAGGUGUGAGAGGGAGAAGACGUAUGAGAAGAAUCCAGUGGCUUUUCCUCCAGCCCUGAAGUGGAGGAUCUGGGACUUCUCUGACAUAAGCGCCUUUCUGGAGGGUGUCAUGAAGCAGUUCAAAGACACUCUGGUAUCUGAACUUCCACUACAGAAAGCAAACGUCAUUUUGGAUCCGGACACAGCACAUCCCAGCCUCAUCGUGUCUGAGGAUCGUAAAAGCCUGACAUACGGAGACAAAUCUCAAGCUCUGCCCGGGACUACUAAGAGAUUUGACUUCUGGCCUUGUGUGCUGGGAUGUGAGGGAUUCACAGCAAGCAGACAUUCCUGGGAAGUCACUGUGGGAGGUGAGGGAGACUGGGCUGUGGGGGUUGCCAGAGAGUCUGUGAAGAGAAAGGGUUUGUUCAGUUUAGGUCCUGAGGAAGGGAUCUGGGCUGUAGGGAAAUGGGAAGGUCAAUACAGGGCUCUCACCUCCCCUCUAGGCCCUCCUCUGUCCCUGUGUGGGCCGUUGAAGAGGGUCCGAGUGUCUCUGAAUUGUGCUGGGCCGCGACUGACGUUUUCCGAUGCUGAUACAGCAGCCCCACUCUACACUUUCUCAGGAGCCUCCUUCACCAGAGGGACCGUUUGCCCCUUCUUUUAUGUGGAGGAAAUGAAUGUCGUCCUCACCCUCUCCCUCUGAGGCAGCCACAUGGUCUUCCUCCCAGGCCCAGCUAGUUUCGUUCUCCAGAGCAGGGCAAUUAAGAAGAAAUCCAAGCUUUUUAGACCAGGAGUCCCUCUUCUACCUUCCUCUCUCUUCAACCAAAGCCAAAAAAAGAAGAUUCCCCCCACCCCCCACUCCCUUAUCCAGAGUCCUCCCAUUCCUCAGAAGCUAGUUCUUAAGGACACAGUAGUUCCUUAAUGGUUGUAAACGUCACAGUUUAACUGCAUGAUGGAAGAAAAGAGGGAUAUAAAUGUAACAAGCAAAAUGACCUGGUCUGCCAGUGAGGGUGACCCUGCUGGGGCGGGGAUAGGGUCUUCGAAACAGUAAGGAUUGAAGCGUGCUUAACGCGAGUGGCCUCUUUGAGAAGAACUGGACUGAAGAGUGACCCCGGCCCGUUGGUGGCAGCACUUGCAAGGUGCUACUUACGAGUAGCAGCAUCCCUCUGGGAUCCUGUGCGGUGGGCGGCCUGCUGCUUGCAGCUCAUCACUCGCCUGGCCUCCGCUUCACCACUCGCGGCAUGGGAUCCUGGUGGGACACUGCUGCUGCUUGCAGGGGCUGCCAGGCCCAGGGUGGAGUUACUCUUCAGUUCUUUUAAAAGAGGAAACUCGUGCAAAGCACGCUUCAAUUACUUACUGUUUAAAAGGUCCUCUCCCUGCCCCACCAGCACCACUCCCACCAGCAGACUGGUUUGUCCCGAACCAUGCUAGUCUGGGGUUUGUGCUCGGCCUGGUGGGGGGUGGGUCUCGUUUGCAGCCGGGCCACCGAAUCGGGCUGGUUCGAGAUGAACUGGUUAGGCACAUCCCACCUCCCACUCCCUUUUGAAAGCAGCUAAUAGUGGCUGGUCAGGGCUAUAGCACCAUCACUCUCUAUUGUCUUGUUGUUGAGCCAGCAUGAUGUAGUGGUUAGAGUGCUAGACUAGGACCGAGGAGACCCGAGUUCAAAUCCCCAUUCAACCAUGAUACCUGCUGGGUGACUCUGGGCCAGCCACUUCUCUCUCAGCCUAACCUACUUCACAGGGUUGUUGUGAAAGAGAAACUUAAGUAUGUAGUACACUGCUCUGGGCUCCUUGGAGGAAGAGCAGAAUAUAAAAUGUAAAAAUAAAAAAUAAUAAUAAAAUAAUCAUUGAUUGAUUAACCCUAAGUGCCUGCCUGGAGGCAGUGAUGGGCUGGGUGAGAGAGAACAAGGUUUUUAUAUUGUGUUUUUAGAGUAUUUUAAUUGGUUUAAAAUGGUUUUUGAAUUGUUUUUAUAUUGUUCUUAGCACUGUGUCUUAAAUGGUGUGUUUUUUAAAUGUCUUUUUAAAUUGGUUGUACACAGCCCAGAGCCUUGGGAUGGGGCAGUAUAUAAAUGUAAUAAAUGAUAAAUAACAAA